CCAAAUAAUGGUUCAUGGGAUACCUGUGUUUUUUGAAUCUAAGAUGGCGGCAGUAAGGCGAUUGUUGGACAUUUUGCCUCAGACUGUAUUGAAUAUGGACGAUAAAAGUAGUACGAGACCGAGAAAUAAAGCUGCAAAGGAUUCCAUCUCCACUUCUAUCGUAUAUACAGUUAUAUUUUUGAUAAGUAAUAUUGCGCUGAGAGUGGCUACUGCCUGGUAUGUCAGGAAAACAAAGCUACAUCUAUUCUUUGCUUGGAUGGAGUCGUGUUUUAUACUAAUUUUGUUGUGGAAACAUCGUCGGUCUUUCAGCUUUAAGGUCUGUCCUGGUGUGUAUUUCUACAUUGUGUUUGUUAUCAUAAGUGAGACAUGUUGUAAUAAGGUAACUGCUAAUGGUGCUGGAUCAGAGGUUAUCCAGCUUGGUCUGGCUUCAAGUCCAUUGUUUCUUGUGUUUUGUACAAUGUGGUCCAAUAGACAGCCAAGUCUUGUGAUGGCAUUUGUUWCUAUGAUUUCUCUCUUUAUGAUAGUUACAGUGUGCUCURUAAAUGAGCCAUAUUUUCCCUUCAGGAUCACGGUAUUCAAUGGAUUGAUUGGUUUGCUUCAUGGGUUUACAACGGCUAUUAUGAUUCUCUACUUUCAGCCACAGUUCAUGGAUGAUGAGGUGAACAUUAUACAACAGAUUUAUACACUUAACCUUGUAAGUGUGGUAUUUUUUCCUGUUGGCAUGUUGGUGACAGGCGAGGUGAACCAUUUCCUGGACAAGGGACUAACAGAGGGCUGGUUUUAUGUGCUGGUUAUUGCCUUUUUCYUGGCAAUUCUUAGAGUGAUGGAUCAAGCAAGCUGUCUCCAUCAAAUSAAACAUACCUCAAUCCUUGUUCACAAUGCUACAAGAGGUAUUGCAUGGAUACCUAUCACAUUGAUAAGUGUUUUCACCUUAAAGUUGGAACUUAUGAUUGCUUCAUUUGUUUGUUUCUGGUUAAAUAUUGUGRUUUUCUUGGCUAUUAUGUUUGAUCAUCUGGUAAAUGUCAACUCAUAAAAACGGAUGCCCCAUUCACAGCAAAAUGAUUGGCUAAGCUUAGUUUCUAUUGAGAUUAUUCAAUAAGUAUUUAUUUAUUGGAAACUGSUGAAGAUUAAUGUCAAUAUAAUUGAUUGAUUUAAACUGUGGUCAGGUUCAGCAAAUAUUUUUUACUCAAACUUUGUACUGUUAUGCUCACUGUGAAUGGGGUAUUAAUUAAGRGAUACAUAUUUUGUCCUUGAAUGUUGAAAAGAUCUCUCAUGAGCUACUCGUAGAAAAGGAGUGAGAGAUUUUAACAAGAAAAGAUARAUCUUCAUCUCUAGGCAACCAUGUAAUAUUCUGUUAAUCAUCAUAAUUAUCAAUGAAAACCAMCAGUGUAUAAGAUAACAUGAAUGGAACAACGUUCCCAUGAUAAAGAUUGAUAUUUAAAUGAUAGAMCAAUAUCAUGCUAAUAAAAUACAAUUCUAAAAGAUUUCUUA